UCAUUCUGGUCACGUGACUAUUCUUAGACCAGGAAGUUUGGCGUUAGCUGUACGGUUAAAUAAAAACAAAAAAAGACUACCCUGUUGGGGGGCUGAAAAUUAAUUUUCCUGUCAGCACCUGAAAUCAUAUUCGUCUUGACAUGGAUGAAACACUCUUCCAGCUAAAGUUUACUUCCAAGCAGCUUGAGAGACUGGCCAAGAAGGCAGAGAAGGAAUCUGAAAAGGAGCAGGCCAAGGUCAAGAAGGCUUUGCAACAGAAGAAUGUGGAAUGUGCCAGAGUUUAUGCAGAGAAUGCCAUCCGGAAAAAAAAUGAGGGUCUUAAUUGGCUGCGCAUGGCCUCACGGGUCGACGCGGUGGCGUCUAAAGUCCAGACUGCUGUCACCAUGAAAGCAGUGACCAAAAACAUGGGCCAGGUGACCAAAGCCCUGGACAAAGCUCUGAACUCCAUGGACCUCCAGAAGGUCUCUGCAGUCAUGGAUAAGUUUGAAAGUCAAGUACAGAACCUUGACGUCCACACCUCAGUGAUGGAGGACUCCAUGAGCUCAGCAAUGACACUGACCACGCCUCAGGAACAGGUGGAUGACCUGAUCCACCAAAUAGCAGAGGAGAGUGGCCUGGAGGUGAUGGACCAGCUCAGCCAGCUACCAGCAGGAGCUACUUCACUGGGCCCAGAGAGUACACGGAGCCAAGAGAAGGAGGACCAGCUGUCUCGAAGAUUGGCUGCUCUACGGAACUGAGGGUCCCUCCAGGAGAGGUGAGGGGGCUCACAGCUGCGUGGAAGCAGACAUGCUUGAUGAUGGUGGCAGGAGCUGUGUGUGUUUCUAUUGAACUGUUCCUACCAGGGGGACUUAAUAAGGCCAUUGAUUACCACUCCCCUGCUCUAUAAAUACACACACACACACACACACACACACACACACACACACACACACACACACACACACAGGCUAGAAAUACCACCUGAGAAGGCGUGAAUCUCUCUCUGGUUCACCUUCCCAUUUUGAUCCAUCUCUACUCCCAUUUCUAUUUUCCCCUCUAACUACCCACUGGAUCUUAUUUUACCUUUCACCUUUCUGUUUUUCCAUCCUUUUUUAUCAAUUUUUCUCCACCAACACCUCCAGUGGCUGCACUCUCCAAUUCCCAAAAUACAAACUUUGGAUGUAUGGUUUGUACAAAAAGAAAAACAUUUUACAAACUAUAUAAUGUACAAUUAUGAAAAUGAAGAGUUUUAAUAAGCAGUUAUAGUGAUUACAACAGAGGUGUCCCUGGCUGUCGUAAGGUGCAGAGUGGGUCAAAGAUGUGUGUGCGCGUUUUUUGACACAUACAUUUAAGUGGAAAAAUAUCAGUUUUUGUACUUAAGUGUUUUAUAUUUUUUAGUUUAAAAUAGAGUGUUUCAGUUUAAAAUCGUGGCAUGUUGGUAACACUAACAGACGUAGUCUCCUUCCCUCAUCAGAUUUAUCCAAGUAACAACCGCUUCUUGACAUCAUUAUAACACUGUAUAAAACAAAGGACAGUCCUCCCAUCUUUUGUGUCUCAAUGUCACAAUGGAUUAUGUUUGUUUUGUUUUUUGUUGUUGUUCAGAUAUAUUGUUGAUUAUUUCUCAUGCCUGUUUUCAGACUUUUUGCUUUGAACGCCUUAUUUGGGAUGCAGGUGCUUAUAUAGGUGCUUCCCCCACCAGUGCCUGAAGGAUAGUAGUUUAGAGAUAUGUCUUUAACUCUGUGGCAUGAAGUUGCCUGAUCUUUUAUCUUUUUUUUUUUGUUUUGAGUGUUGGAUUUAAGGUGUUGAACUCUCCCCCAGCGACAUUGAACCCUCAUUCAGAUAUUUUUUAGAAGCUUCUCUUUUUCAAAAUAACCUGAUCAUCCCCACCUUUCUCAGUUUCAUCCUGGACUUUUUCAGGCGAAGAUGUCUGUUCGGAGCAGGGAUGUACAUGCUGGAUCUUUUUUAAUUUGACAAGAAUCAGUUGCUAUUCCUAAUAUGCCUUGUUAACCACACAUUUGCUUGAACAGUUCAUUUGUAAUGUUUCGGAUAAAUGCAGCAGAUGUGCUGGAAGGUGUUUUGCAUCAAGAGCAGGAUAUAUUUAAAGACAGAAGAAAAAAAUGCACCAUAUCAUCAGAAUGUUUUUGAGUUAACAGAAGACUGGUUCCUCUCUUCUAUUGUAUUUUAAGGUCAUAGCUCUAUUCUGAGUUGCCUGUUAAGUGCUCUGACUGGUUUUGAUGCUUCCUUCUUUGUGCGUACAGUAUAUAGACAUCAGUGAAGGGGCAGACAGAAGCCAGACCUCCACGUAUGAAAGAGCACCUUCAUCCUCUGGAUAAUGUUUUCAGUUUUCUGUUCAUUUUAACGCAGGGAGGGUUUAUUUAUAAUCAAAGUUCAGCAGACUUUGCAGCACUUUUGUUUUGUAUAUCUAUCGUGUGAAAUAAAA